AUGUAUUGCUGCCAGAAUAUACGUAUAUCAGAUGAUGAUGGCCUGCCAACGCUUAUUUGUGAUAUAUGUAAAAAAGAACUUGAAUCUUCAUACAAUUUCGUGUUGAAGUGUGAAGCUUCAGACAAGAAACUAAGAUUUUCCAAAGAUACUAUUUUCAAUUCCCUUUACAGUAUAAAAGAGGAAAUUAAGAAAGAAUGUGAGGACAAAUGUGGUAAUUCUUUCGAUGAUGAUACCCCUGAAUGUCCUCUAGACAACGUCAAAGAUGAUGAAACAACCCCAAGUGAGACUGGAAAUCUAAAUUACAUAGAAAAGAAAACGAAAAGCAACUCAAUAUGCGAGGAAUUAGAAUAUCAAUGUUCAGUUUGUGGCCGAUUUUGUGCAAGUAAUUCCAUUCUUAUCACACAUAUGCGUACUCACACAAAUGAUAAAUCAUACCAUUGUCAGUUUUGUGACAAAAAAUAUAAAGAAAAAAGAAGUUUGAAAAGACAUAUAGAUAGCUGUCACCAUCCCAAGAACAGAUCUCGUAAUUUUAUUUGUGAGAGUUGUGGAAAAGCUUUUUUCUCAAAAAAUGAUGUUAAAAUUCACUUACGGACACACACAGGAUGGCCGUGUGUAACGCUAGAUGUCGCUAGCUAG